UUUUGCUUCAAUUGUUCAAUUGGAGAGCAACAGGAUAUCCUGACGGAGAUUCUGCUUUCCCCGUUCCCGGAUGCUGUUCGCUCGAUAACCUUGUAUCCGUCAUGCCCAGAUAGCACCUCCAAUGGCUGAAUUAUACCCUUCCCUGACGCAAUGCGCCAUUGUCGCAACCGCCUUUAAAAUCCUCCUUUUCCCCGCCUACAAAUCUACCGACUUCGAGGUUCAUCGCAAUUGGUUAGCUAUCACGCAUUCGCUCCCGGUCAAGGAAUGGUACUACGAGAAAACGUCGGAAUGGACCCUCGAUUACCCUCCGUUUUUCGCCGCGUUCGAGUGGCUGCUUUCCCAACUGGCUCAAUAUGUAGACCCCGCCAUGCUCAUUGUGCAGAAUCUCAAUUAUGAUUCCUGGCAAACAAUCUACUUCCAGAGAGCGACUGUCAUCCUAACAGAAUUUGUUCUUCUUUACGCUCUGAGCCGAUAUAUCAAGUCCGUUCCUCAAGUCAAUAAACACCUUGCCCAUGCUGCCAGUCUAUCCAUCUUACUAUCUCCUGGAUUGCUCAUUAUCGAUCAUAUCCAUUUCCAAUACAAUGGAUUCCUCUACGGAAUUCUGAUCCUGUCAAUCGUCUGGGCCCGAAAGCAGUCGACUUUAUUGUACAGUGGUAUUUCAUUCGCUGUCUUGCUGUGUCUGAAACACAUCUACUUAUACCUCUCCCUCGCUUACUUUGUCUACUUACUGCGUGCGUACUGUCUUGACCCAAAGUCCGUCUUCCGGCCUCGAUUUGGAAAUGCCUUUAAGCUUGGCUUCAGUAUCAUCACCGUGUUUGGUCUAGCGUUUGGUCCCUUCGCAUCUUGGGGUCAGCUCCUUCAACUGAAAGAAAGGCUGUUCCCAUUUUCCCGAGGCUUGUGCCAUGCAUAUUGGGCCCCGAAUAUUUGGGCGAUAUAUUCGUUUGCCGAUCGGACUCUGAUACCACUUGCUCCAAGGUUAGGUCUCCCGGUCAAUCAGGAAGCUCUUACAAGUGUCACUCGUGGGCUUGUCGGUGACACAUCCUUUGCCAUCCUCCCCGAGGUAUCGAAAGAGCACACCUUUAUCUUAACCCUAUUGUUCCAACUGCUUCCAUUGUUCAAACUCUGGCGUUGCCCGGACCCGGACACCUUUAUUGGAGCCCUUACCCUCUGCGGCUACGCUUCUUUUCUGUUCGGCUGGCAUGUACACGAGAAAGCAGUCCUCCUGAUAAUCAUUCCGUUCAGCCUGAUCGCCCUCAAAGACCGACGAUACUUCAGUGCAUUCCGCCCCCUCGCUGUAGCCGGACAUGUUUCUCUCUUCCCGCUACUCUUCACCGCUGCAGAAUUCCCGAUCAAGACGGUCUACACACUCUUGUGGCUGAUUUUGUUCCUGUUCGUAUUCGAUCAGAUUGCCCCUGUGCCAGAGCGACCACGCAUCUUCCUCGUGGACCGCUUUUCCUUGCUCUACCUGACCAUAUCUAUCCCACUGAUCAUCUACUGCUCACUCUUGCACCAGCUGAUCUUCGGCCUGGAACGAUACCAGUUUGUCCCGUUGAUGUUCACGAGCAGCUACUCGGCUCUCGGGGUCGUCGGUAGUUGGGUAGGAUUCAUGGUGGUAUACUUCACCGCCUAACAUGAGUAACUAUAUCGUAUAGAUAAUGAGAAAUCAAUCAAAAAGCU